AUGGAGAUGUAUGGCUGUAUGGCUGUCAUUUGUCAGGAGCGGGAUGUGGCAGCUCAGCCCAAGACUGGGCUCUUGCGUGAGGCGGACUGCGUCCUCGCUCCACUUGGCGCGCUGGCGGCGCGCUACGGGCUGCCGCCAAAAGAGGCCAUGGACUUCUACAAGGACAAGCCUGGCGUUCGCUUGAGCGACUUCUUGGAUGCUCCCAUGCAUGGUGCACCAGAUGCGGAAGAAACGAAGGUGGACAAGAUUGAUCCUCGAUUUGUGGCACCGCCAGUGGGGACGCGCGGCGGAGGCCCGAUCGAGGAGCUGUUGCCGGAGCUGUGUGCGCGUGCCAGCUUCCGAAUUCCAUCUCUGAUUCGGGAGGACUUCGACAAGGUGGACGAGGUUGUGGAAGGGACGCAGGUGCCGAUGGACAUGACCACGCACGAAUCUUCUGAAGAAGGCAGUGUGAGGCCGGAAGCGGAGAGGAAAAUUCCGGUGUCACCCAAGCCUCGCAGGAGCACGCCAGAGAAGCCGAAAAAGCUUGCGGGCAAGGAGAAUCGGCAACAGGUAUCUCGGAAGAUUGACCCAGAGGUACCUGCAAAAAUUGGAACUGGCAGGGGCAUGGUGCCGAAGCAGAUGGCCGUCAAGAAGAAAGUUUCUGCGACACCGAAGUCUGAGUGCAGGAAGACACCACGCGUAGAGCAGCGCAAGUGCGACAAGCGAAAGCCGCAGCAUCGGAAGGUCGAUGUUGAUUCGGGUCGUGGGGCUCCGCCGCAGGACGAAGCGAGGUACUGUCAGUUCAACAUGCCGCAGCAGGUCGGAGCACCCCCAGCAGAGCAGGUCGGAAUGCCGUCGGAGCUCACGAUGUUCAUGCAGGCAGUGGCCAUGUCAAGAAGCCUUCGUGCCUGA